AAAAGAGAGGUCACCGGAUUUGGUUCCUAAGAAAAAACUCGGCUCGUGCUGUCGUGGUGGCGCGUUCUGUCGAAAUGCACUGAGAACUUCAAUGUUUAUCAAAACACACAUGAUACAAGCAGAGCAAGAAAGACACGUGUAUUGAGCCAUGGAAAUGCUUGGAUUUAAGGCAAGUGCCCCAAAGGGUGUAAAGUUGAGUAAACCCCCUCCAAGAAAGUUAAAUAUUAAAACAGAGGCCAUAUUGAACCACCUUGGAAACAGGAAUUUUAACAAUGGAAUUCGAGAGCUCUCCAUGUUGGAGCAGAGCAGAUCCUUGGAGCUGAAUAAUAACUAUAUAGAGAAAAGCGGUGAAUUGACACAAGGAUUUGGUCCAGCUGGCCUCAACUGCUUGUCCAAUGUCAGUAACAAAGUACUGGAUGAUAAUGAUUUGAAGCAGAGAGUACGGGCACCAAGAACCCCCAAAUUAAAGAAACCAAGACCACUGCGCAGCAAUGUUGCCUCCAAAGACACUAGUCUUGCCACUAUAGAAGUAAACAACAAUGUGGAACAGAAAAUGUCAUCUGAUUACUCUAGCAUACAAUCAUCAGAAGAGGCAGAAGAUAAAAUCCUAAAUGCAAUAGAGAGGCUGGAUUCUUUAGACCAGACAAGUGCUGGCUCAUUCAGAGACAUUGUAGUGAAGUAUGGGCCAGAGCUGGAGAAGGAAAAUCCAGCCUUCAUAAGAAGCAGUUUGGCCUGUGUGGAGGAAUUUCUAAAGAGAGACGGCAAUGACGCCAGUGUGCGAGCCGUGUUACGAGAAAUGUUAGACCUCCACAGGCAAUCCAGGAAUAAACAAUCCGAGAAGAUGUCCAGGAAUAAUAAGGAUGUUGGAAAUACUGAGACAGAAUCCAAUUCAACUACGAAGCAAAAAGCUGUGAAUGUAAAUGAGUCUGUGAAGAUUGAAGAAAGUAAAGUCUGUCGAGCAAUCAGUCAAGAUUCUGGUUAUGGUGACCAGGAUGAUAUAGUGUUGUGGAAUACAGAGGAUUCAUUUAUUGAGGAUGCCAGUGAGAAUCUGAAGACCAAUGAUGAUGAAAAUACAGAGAAAGAUCCAGACAUUGAAAUAUUGGCAGUGGAAAUGGGGUCUAAGAAGGAAAACCAUGAAUUUCUGUCAAAACACUUUGGUCAACCUACAGUUGUGGAAGAAAAAGAGCCGUUGUAUUCCACAGAGAGGCACUGGAGUGACACUGUGAGAAAACCGAAAGACAUCAAUGACACAAGUCAGAGCAUACAGAGGGGGGAAUUCACUAAACUCAAAGACCAUCUCAGAAUGGACACUCAGUCAAGGACAGGAUUCAGUGAUUCCAGGUCCAGGUCUGAUAGAUGGACGAGGAGUUCCGAAGACAAAUUUAACGGUCAGAGAACAUUUGAAAGAAGGCCACCUACUAAUGGUGCAGAUCAGGAGUCCUGGAGAAAACUUCCUAAUCGUGUGGGUUUCGGGUUUCCAGGGAAAAUGUCCACAGUGCCGGAGGAAGAAUUGGGUCAUGAAGAGUUGGCUGCUAUUCCCAAGAGACCUAAGCAUCUCAUUCGCAAAUUUCAAAAUACGGACAGCAACAGAAAUGGAAAGCUUGUGGUUGAGAGAACUCCUUUGGGGCCUGGAAGUGACGCCUCAUCGAUAGCUGAUGUAGAGAAGGGCCUCCCUAAAAGUAUUUACUCAGCUUCUGGUAGAAGAUCUAUGUUCAAAAAGUACAACACUGCUGUUUGUUUUGAAGAUAUAGAUUCUGAUGACCUGGAGGAAAAAGAGAAAAUACCUUACAGUCGUGAGGAACUACUGAAGCUGGCAGAUUGUCCUUUGUCCAAACAGAAACCUACUGAGAUGUCAUAUCUACUGAAGAUUUUCCCAGAGGUCUGCCUUUCUGAGGCAAAGAAAUAUUUCUCUAGGGCAGACCUCACCAGGCCAUCAGAUACACUUUUUAGAGAAGCUCGGGAGAAAAGAAAGAAUUGUGAUGAAGUGAACAACUUCCUGGACAGAUUAGCAGAGCCAGAAAACGCAGAGGAUUCAUCCUCAUCAUCAGAAAAUGGCUUCCUGUACCCAACAUCAAAAUUUGAGUUUGGAACACAUCAGGGAUUUCCACAAACCGGCUUACCUGCGUCAUCUUCAAGCAGAGGAGACAGAAAGGCGGUGUUUGGAAGUGGUGCUAGUUUUAUCCCUCAAGACUUCAGUGAUUGUUCACAGGCUGGGACUACAAAUAUGACAGGCAAGCCAAGGGGUGGCUUUGGAAGACCUGGUUGAUUCAGUGAUCCAAAUGGAGUAUUGAUAAAAAGGAUUUAUUACAAACUAGAAAAAAAAAAACAAUUGAAGUCAGCAAAUAUUUGAGUAGUGAUGAAUGAAGCUAAAACUGUGGUCAUGUUUGUGUGCUGUUUUACCAGAAGACAGAAUUUUGUUCUGUAUGAAGUUGACAGCCAUCUUUGAAUUUGAAACAGUUGAUGUGUUCAUUUUAUUUUAUUCCCAUCCAUUAGGUGCUAUUUUGUACUUCAAAGGGGCAGACUAUAUAUGGCUGCCACAUUAAUUCAAAUCUCCACAGAAUUCCACCUUAUAUGUUAGUACAUAUCUGUUUUUUUUCUUUUUUGUCAGUGUGUGUGUACAUAUAUAUAUCUGCUUUGUUGAUCCAGAACAAAAAAUGGACUGGUUGUGAUGUUUGAAUUGUGUAGUAACAAGGGACCAGUUUAUGUGAGACAAUUGUCAUGAUGUCUUGUAAUAAGGGACCAGUUUAUGUGAGACAAUUGUCAUGAUGUCUUGUAAUAAGGGACCAGUUUAUGUGAGACAAUUGUCAUAAUGUCUUGUAAUAAGGGACCAGUUUAUGUGAGGCAGUUGUCAUAAUAUCUUGUAAUAAGGGACCAGUUUAUGUGAGACAAUUGUCAUAAUAUCUUGUAAUAAGGGACCAGUUUAUAUGAGGCAGUUGUCAUAAUAUCUU